CUUGUACUGCGCUGGCAACAUUGUUGUCAACAAACUGCGUGCUCGACCGGCACGCGCAAAAACGUGUGUUCGUUGUGAGAGUCGCGCUGUUAAAUUGACCUUAGGACUCGAGGUGCUAAACUCAAAGACGAGAAACAGUCAAGAUGGACUUGAACUUAAUCGUUCAACGGGGAUCGGAGAAAUUGGACAGAGCAAAUGUGAUCAAAAAGAUUAAGACCGCUUUUCAGCUGGGUUUUGACGUCGUUGCCCUCAACGUUGUCAUCGGAGCGGAUGCACUUGGUGCUAAAAACAAGAUUCCAGAACCUCCACAGUACUCAUUGGCUCACCCAGAUCUCCAGGCAUUGACACCACGAAAUCGCAGGCUUAAAAUUCUCACGCGACUGACUGCUAAUUUGACGGACAGUGCAGAGUCACAUAGGCUGUUUCAGUCUCCUGUUACCAAGAAGUAUGACAUCCUUGCGAUCUCGGUUACCCAAGAAAAAAUGUUCCAGAAUUUCUGCAACCAGGGAGAGUUCGACAUAGUCUGCCUCCCACUCGAUGACAGACUCCCAUUUGUGGUGAAGCGAACACAGUACGGAGCUGCCACAGGUCGUGGGCUCUUCUUUGAAAUUCAGUAUGCUCCAUGUAUCCGUGACGAGAAUUCACUGCGGAACACAAUCGCCAACUGCCAGACUCUGAUGCAUGCAGGCAAAGGCAAGGGGGUCAUCAUAACAAGUGGAGCAUGGAUGCCUCAGGAACUGAGAGGACCAAAUGACGCAGCCAACCUUGGUUUCCUGUUUGGACUUUCUGAAUGCACAACACGAGAGGCUGUCUUUGGCAACUGCAAGAGCGUCAUCAAGCAUUCAGAAACCAGGCGAAAGGUGGAUCGAGCCAUCAUAUUCUCAAAGACUGUGGAUGAGCUGCCCGAGAAAGACAAGUGGCUUGUGGAUGCCUGCAAAGCACCCGGUGUCCAAGAGGCAGCAGCAAAGCCUUCUAGCUCUGGCGAUUCUCAGAAGCAAGAAGGACCUCCGCCAAAGAAAAAGAAAAAGAAGGGCAACUGUUGAAUAGUGUAAUAUUUUCAUAUAAAGAAAAAUAAUGGCAUUUUUGAAGAUG